AUGGAAGACGAGAGAAACCACAACACAUCUUCUUCGUCUCUCCCCUCUUUGUGUAAGCAAUUGGCGAGCCCAAAUCUUGGGGGACGCAUGGAACUGGACAUUCCCGUCGUUGAUCUAAGCGUUUCUGAUGAAGAGUUCCUGGUGCAUGAGGUGAUGAAAGCGAGUGAAGAGUGGGGAAUUUUUCAGGUGGUUAACCACGGGAUUCCGGAGGAGCUGAUGCGGCAGCUGCAAGUGGUUGGGAAGCAGUUUUACGACCUCCCGGAGGCAGAAAAGGAAGCAGUGGCGAAAGAUGAAGGCAUUGAAGGAUACAAGAAGAACUAUCUAGAAGGUGGUAAGUCUUGGGACGAACAUCUGCUUCACAGACUCUCCCCACCCUCAAUCAUCAACUAUAAGUAUUGGCCUANUUCCAGAACUACAAAUCUACAAUAUAAGUUGAAAUUCCAGAGCUUCUAA